AUGUCACGUUCUCUCGCUCCGCGUCGCACCUUCGCUUCCAACAGAGCAGAAGUCCGGAUGACAGGGGCUUUGAUGGAAUUCAGUCGUGACUCUCAGUACGGACUGUCAGGACCUGCAAGAGGCACGACUUUUCCGAUAGAUCGGGAUGGACUCCCACGGUCAAGGUCCCCGGACGAGGCCGUGACGCCUCGUUGGGAGUCCGUCAAGUGGGUGGCUGGUGUAGUUCGACUGUUCGGGCCGUCGUCAGCUGAGGGAUGGGUCCAGUCCCGACAAGAUUUGACUAAAGGCCUUGGCAACCACCACCAGCCCCUGGGCCCUGGCGUGGGCCAGGGCGGGAGCGCAACGUUGGGGAAGCGAAUGGCGGUGUUGGUGGGACGGGGACCUGACGGAUGUGCCGACGCUGAAAGGGCGAUGCAGAGCGAUGCAGAGCUGGUUUUGAGGCUACUGCGUAGAAGGGUACUGAUCUCCAGGUCCCACCACGCCGCCGACGCUCUAUUGAGAGGUAGCGUGGUGCAGAGUGUGGAAGCUGGCGGUCACCAUGACAAUUGA